AUGCGCAAAGAAAUUGAUCUCUACAUGUCAGAGAUAGCAAAAGUUGAUAAGAAGACUUUUGACUACUUGAUGGAAGAACCACCGGAAAGUUUUUCAACUUUGAAGAUCUCCCCUAUUGAUUCAUUGCGUUCUAGAGUCCGGGAAGAAGGAAAUACUUUCUUGGUGGACUUAAACAAAAGAACAUGUGAUUGUUUUCAGUUUCAAUUUGAUGAACUACCAUGUGUACAUGCAAUUUCAGCUAUCGAGAAGAGAAACAUCAAGAAGUCCAAUUUCUGCUCGGACUGGUACUUAAAGGAAUCUUGGCUGAAAACAUACGAAAGACAUAUACAUCCUGUAGGACAUAUGGAUUCUUGGAUUGUACCAGAGAGUGUUAAGUCACAAAUUAUUAAACCUCCAGAUUUCAAGGUCUCGCCAGGGUAUAGUGCGAGUACAACCAACUCAAUAAGUAUCGCAAAUAAACAAGGCAAGUUGCGCGGCCGCGUAUAUUUGAGAGUUUCUGCCUCAGGUGUGCAGCCAGAUGCACGGCCACUUGCCCAG